UUACUGCCUGCGGACCAUCCCUGAAAUGAAGCUGCUGUUGAAAUCCCAGAUUACCAAGAAAGAACAUCAGUAUUAGCAAGACUGCGGCGGUGCACACCUUUAAUCAUAGCACUUGAGAGGCAGAGGAAAUGGUGUCAUUCAGUGACGUGGCCAUUGAUUUCUCUGCAGAGGAGUGUGAAUUGCUGGACCCUGAUCAGUGGAAUUUGUACAGGGAUGUGAUGUUGGAGAAUUUCAGCAACCUUGUGUUCCUGGGUCUUACCUCCUCUAAGCCACACCUGAUCACAUUUUUGGAGCAAGGACAAGGACCUUCAGACAUGAAGAGACAACCAGCAGCUGGCAUGGAAACAGGAAUCAAACACUCUACUGGCAAAGAAUGUGGCAAAGCCCUUCCUUGGAACUCACAACCUAUUAGCCACCAGAAAAUUAAUCUAAGAAAGAAGCCAUAUAAGUGUGAAGAAUGUGCUAAGAAUUUCCGUUCUCCAUCAUUACUUUGUAUACACAGGAGAAUUCAUACAGGAGAGAAACCCUACAAGUGUGAAGUAUGUGGCAAGGCCUUCCAUGGUCCCUCGUUACUUUCAAAACACAAAAUUGUUCAUACAGGACAGAAACCCUACAAGUGUGAAAUAUGCCGGAAGGCCUUCUAUUUUCCAUCACGACUUUCUCUACACAAGAGAAUUCAUAUGCAAGUGAAACCCUACAAGUGUGAAGUAUGUGGAAAAGCCUUCUAUUUUCCAUCACGACUUUCUCUACACAAAAGAAUUCAUAUACGAGUGAAACCCUACAAGUGUGAAGUAUGUGGCAAAUCUUUCUGUUCACCAUCACGACUUUCUGAACACAUGAGAAUUCAUAGAGCAGAAAAACCCUACAAGUGUGAAGCAUGUGGCAAGGCCUUCAAUUAUCCAUCACAACUUUCUCUACACAGUAAGAUUCAUACAGGAGAGAAACCCUACCAGUGUGAGGUAUGUGGCAAGGCCUUCCAUUUUCCAUCAAAGCUUUCUCUACACAAUAAAAUCCAUUCAGGAGUGAAACCCUACCAGUGUGAGGUUUGUGGCAAGGCCUUCUAUUUUCCAUCACAACUUACUGUACACAAGAGGAUUCAUACAGGAGAGACACCCUACCAGUGUGGUGUAUGUGGCAAGGCUUUUUAUGUUUCAUCACAACUUUCUGUACACAAGAGGAUUCAUAAGGACGAGAAACCCUACAAGUGUGAAGUUUGUGGGAAGGCCUUCUGUGUUCCAUCACGACUUUCUGAACACCAGAGAUUUCAUACAGGAGUCAAACCCUACAAGUGUGAAGUGUGUGGGAAAGCCUUCUAUUUCCCAUCACGACUUUCUGACCACAAGAGAAUUCAUACAGCAGAGAGAUCCUUCAAGUGUGAAGUAUGUGGCAAGGCCUUCAAAAGUAAACCAGGACUGUCUGUACACAAGAGGAUUCAUACAGGAGAGAAACCCUACAAGUGUGAAGUAUGUGGCAAUGCCUACAGUCGUCGAUCAGGACUUUCUGCACAUAUGUGGAUUCAUAUAGGAGAGAAACCCUAUAAGUGUGAAGUAUGUGGCAAAGCCUACACUAGUCGAGCAGCACUUUCUGUGCACAAGAGGGAUCAUACAGGAGAGAAACCCUACAAGUGUGAAGUAUGUGGCAAUGCCUACAGUCGUCGAUCAGGACUUUCUGCACAUAUGUGGAUUCAUAUAGGAGAGAAACCCUAUAAGUGUGAGUUAUGUGGCAAAGCCUACAAUAGUCGAGCAGCACUUUCUGUGCACAAGAGGGAUCAUACAGGAGAGAAACCCUACGAGUGUCAAGUAUGUGACAAAGCCUACAAGAGUCGAUCAGGACUUUCUGUACACAAAAAAACUCAUACAUGAGAGAAACCCUCCAAGUGUCAAGUAUGUGGCAAGGACUUCUAUGUUGCAUCACAAGUUUCUGAACACAAGAGGAUUCAUAUAGAAGAGAAACCCUACAAAUGUGAAGUAUGUGGUCAGGCCUUUACUAAUCUGUCAUGACUUUCUAAAUAUAUAAGCAUUCAUACAGGAGAGAGACGUUAAAAUUGUAAAGUGUGGCAAGGAUUUCAAUUCUCCAUCAGCACUCUCUAGACACAAGAGAAAUCCUACAGGAUAGAACCCUGGAAGUGGGAAGUGUGUGUCAUGACUCCAUGCUGCAUCAUUCCUUAAAGUACUUGAGAGAAUUCGUACAGGCAAGAAAUCAUACAACUAUGUAGAAAGGCCUCUAUAUUCCAUCAUGACUUUCUGUACAGAAGAGCUCUCAUAUAGGAGAGAAAUCAUACAUGUGUUAAAUGUGUGGCAUGUCCUUCAGUUACUCAUAAGGACUACCUAUAUACAUGAGCAUUCAUACAGGAAAGAACCCUAAAACUGAGAAGUAUGUGCCAAAGUCUUCCAUUUUCCAUCAUUACUUUCAGAACACAAAACAUUCAUAUAGCAGUGAAACCCUACAAAUAUGAAAUAUGUGGCAAGAUCUUUAAAAUGUCACAGAUUCUUUCUGCCCAUUUAAUAAUACAUUCUGGAAAGAAACCCUACAAUUUGAAGAAUGUGGAAAAGCCUUGUGUAAAAUGUCAUACCUAACUCAGCAUGAAUUCACUCACACUGGAAGAAACCUUCCAAAUAUGAAGAAUGUGGAAAACUAUUUAACUAUACCAGAAAACUUAAGGAACAUCAAUCAAUUCACUCUGGAGAGAAACCCUACAAGUGUAAAGACUGUGACAAAGAAUUUAGAACUUUCGUGGCAUGUUCUGGGUCCCAGAUUAUUCAUAUUGGAGAGAGACAUUGUGAGUGUGGAUAAUGGCAAGGCCUUUCAGCCAUCUUUGGUCUUAAACAACAUCAGAGAAUUCACUUGUGAGAGAAACCCUGUGAAGAGUGUGCCAAGUCUUUUGCACUUACUUAGAACUUUUGAAACACCUGAUA